AGAUGCAGCGCAUAGAGUACCCAGAGCAGAGUAAGCUCGCAGAGGAAACACCAGAGCAAGCUUCACAUGAAGAGCACUCAGAGUCUCUUGCUUUAGUAGUGUCUGACUCAUGCGAGCAGUCUGAAGACCUGUCUGUCGAGAAUGCAUCAGUUUAUGCAGAGGAAGCAACCGCACAGACCGAGCCAGAGGAGCUCUUGUUAGAGCCCUACUCUCUUGCGAGUGCAGAAGAGCUGAUGGAUAAUCCUCUCUUCCGGAGGCAGAGGGAGAAAUAUCUCCUGAGCACUGGCCAGCCUGAACAAGUUGUUCUAUAACCCGAAUAAUCCCAAACAACAACCUGAAAUAUGUACACACGCGCUGUCGUGCACUCUCCUGGGCAGGAAAGGAGUGCCAUGCACAUGCACCGUGUAUUGCUAUAGAAUAAAUUAUCAGAACUGC